AUGGCUACUCCCACAAUUCGCAUCGGCUAUGUUCCCGAGCACUAUCUCACACCACUUCACCUCGCCCUCCGUUCGUCAGCUGUCGCAGCCCUCCCAUUCAAGAUCGCCCUGACCCCAUUCCCCUCCGGAACGGGUCAUAUGAUCACCUCUUUGCGCGGCAAUGAGAUUGACAUUGCCAUCGGUCUGACCGAGGGCUGGGUCGCCGGUCUAGCAGGCAAGACACAGCAACUAAGCCAGAACGCAGAUGGCGGAUACAAGGUUGUCGGCCACUGGGUUGACAACCCAUUGCGGUGGGCUAUUGUGACAGGCCGCAACCGGGACGAGAUUAAUGGAGUUUCGGACUUGAAGGAUCGGAGGGUGGGAGUUAGCCGGUUGGGAAGCGGCUCGCACAUCAUGUCUUUCGUCCUUGCCCAGCAGCAAGGCUGGAAGGCAGACUCUCUUACAACUGUUCCUCUUGGACCCUUCGGGCCUCUGCGCGAUGGAGUCUCCGGUCUGGAUGAAUCGCAGCCCGAGAAGGCAGCUAACCCCUCAGCGGAGUUCUUCAUGUGGGAGGAAUUUACCACAAAGCCAUACUUCCACCCGACAUCCGAGAAGCCGAACCCGCCUCUGAAGAAGAUCGGCGAGAUCUUUACUCCCUGGCCUUCAUGGAUGAUUGUCGCUUCUACGGCUUUAUUCCCUGAUCCCGAAAACGACCAGCGAUUGGCCAGCCUCUUCCAGGCCCUCGAUCAGGGUGUCAGGGAUUUUGAGGCUGAUACGGCGCAGGUUGUUAAGCUUUUGGGCACUGGCGAGCUUGGCUGCAAUUACAUCGAGGAGGAUGCUACUGAGUGGUUGAAGGAUGUCAAGUUUACUAACAGCACUCGCGGUGUUGAUAUUAAGGUUAUUGAGGGUGUUGUUGAUGUGCUCAAGGUUGCUGGUGUUAUUGAUCCGGCUAUGAGCAAUGAGGAGGCUAUUCAGCGGGUUAUUGGAAUUAAGAGGUAG